CAAGGACGCUGUUGGACGACUCCCCAACGCUGUAUGAACAAUGAUCUUCGACGUAAGCGAGACUCGAUCUGCUGUUCUAGUAUCCCCGAACGGAAAGCCUUCGCUGUGUGUGGUGUAAUUCGCUAAUUCUAAUCAGUUGUGGAGACUCGUACAAAAGCUCGAGCAUACCCUCUCCGUCCUACACUCGGCUUUUUCCUUCCCUCAUGAUGAUGAUGAUGGACUCAGAUCGAUAUCUUUCACUGCUUCAAGCCAGGAAUAUGAAUGUUCUAGUGUUCCCUAUUGUGACGGUGUUGGUAAUGUGCAUCCUUUACGGUUUCUAUAUCACGCUUUUUGUUCUUUGCGUACGCGUACUACGCCAGGGAGAAUUACGACGGCAACCCCUCUGCAUUGCCUCACUAGUCAUUCUGUUCGUGGUAUCGACCACCAUGGUUGCUGUAGAGACAACGAAGUUGAUACAAACAUCUGUGGUGGAGCUCACGUUCAUCAUAACCCGGGAUACCUUUCCUAUUUACAAUUUCCUAACACACGACACACUCAAAACCACCAUAUACGUGUUCAAUUUAACACUUCCUGUUCUGGCCAAUUUAUGUGCAGAUUUCAUCCUUGUGCAUAGAUGUUUCAUCAUCUGGGGGUUUCGCAAACGAAUCCUAGGACCGCUGAUUUUUGUCUCGCUCGUUACGAAUGUGACUUCUUGCACUGGAGCAAUCAUGUUUCUCAUCGGCUAUGGAGAUAGAAGGGUUACAUCAAACACUAUCUUGCUUGAAAAGGGUGGGACUAUUCAAGCUGUAGGUUUGAUCACAAGUGCGGCCUUCAACUUGGCGUUAACCUUUCUGACCGCGGGACGAAUAUGGUGGAUUGCUAGAGGCGUCGCAAUAUCAAGAAAUUACGUUGCGACAAACCUAAUAAAGAUAAUCCUUCAAUCCGGGAUACUUUAUCCACUCAUGACAACUGUACAUUUGAGUAUCGUGAAUACAUCUCAUCGAUAUAACGUCCCUCUGGACACCCUCCCUCUGGUUGUUCUUACUGCUGGGAUCGCACCAACUUUAGUCAUAGUUCGCAUACGCCUGCGCAUGAAUGCCUCGGAUGAUGAGAUUGAAACUCAGCCACGUUUUUCAAGCCAGGUCCAGUUGUCCUCAAUCCAGCCAACAGGAGGGUCGCUGUUCUUUUCACGACUGUCGACAUCUGGUUACCGUAACUCCCUGAUAGAGGGUGACUCCCUCAAACCUCUUCCCAAAGCACUUCUGGCAGUGCAUGCUGUAUGACGUUGAACGCGCCCCGCAAUGUACUGUUAACAGUCGGUUCGGUCCUUAUUUGUGUUAAAGUUCAAUCGUCGUUUAAUAGACAUCCAAUGUACAUUACAGAUCAAGUUGGUUAGGAAUUAAAACGUGUCCGUGUAUACAACAUGCUGAAGGGUUAGAGGAGUUGCUCGUGAUAUCUGGAGUAGAGCCCCUGCAUAAUCUCUAGGGGAAUCGAAAGAUCAUUCCGGCAUAAUCGCGGUUGUGCUUGGCCUGGAAGUGUGAAGGUUGGUUGUACUGAUGGGAUUGUCGGGAAGCGUAAUUGACGGGAAUUGAAGGGUUUCAAGGAUAGUUCGAGACUUCACUGUCGUAUGCGACAUGACUAUUGUCGUUGCCAUGUUCGUCGGGCCGUGAACUCACGUUUAUGAGCGUGACACCCACAAAUGCCCACAAAUUUGGCAGCUCUUAACGGUAAUCGCGUAUAUCUUCCCACUUUUGUCGAGGUAAAGUUUUUGCGAACUGAGCCCCUUACAUAUAUUUCGCAUAACGUAUACUUCACAC